UUGCAACAAACUGUAUUAUGAACUACGGAAUAAAAUCGAUGCGGAACCAUUCUUUAGCGACUCUACUUUAACACGGACUGUUUAAAUGUUGCACGUAAAUAUCAGUAAUGAUGGCGACGCUCAUCGAUAAGCCACAUGUCACUGUUGAAGAUGAAAAUGAGGAAGACUGUGAAGAUUCUGAUGACGGUGUCAUUGAACACGAGGAGAGCGGAGCAGGGAGUGAUCAGGAGGGACCAGAUGAGGACAGUGAUGGAGAGAAGGAAGAAGAGCAGAUUGGAGAAACAGAGGAAAACACCAAUCCCAACGCAGGAUGGGCUGAAGCCAUGGCAAAAAUCCUGGGGAAGAAGACACCGGAAAGCAAACCCAGCAUCCUUCUAAAGAACAAAGAAUUGGACAAGAUCAAAGACAUGAAGAAGAAAGAGCGGCUUGAAGAAAAGAAACUGAUUGAUAAGAAGCGAGCGUGGGAGAAUAUGUGCCGGGAGAAGCCUGAUGUGGUUCGAGACAGAGACAAUGAGAGGAGUCUACAGAGAAUUGCCACCAGGGGUGUAGUGCAGUUGUUCAAUGCGGUAAAGAAACAUCAGAAGAGCGUGGAUCAGAAGAUGAAGGAUGUCGGCGGUUCAGAGAGAAAGAAAGCCAAAAUUCUGUCCUCAGUGUCUAAGAAAGACUUUAUUGAUGUUCUGCGAGGAGCAAACUCGCCUGCCAUCAAGAAAGAGAAAAAAGAGACUGCACGGAUGAAGGUGGAGAAUCCAGCCUGGAGUGUGCUGAGAGAUGAUUUCAUGAUGAGUGCGUCCAUGAAGGACUGGGAUAAAGAGACUGAUGAAGAGGCAGGAGGAGGAGACCAGGUGCCUGAUGAGGGCUGCAGCAGUGAAUCAGACUGAUCGCUUGUUUGCAUCAUCCAGCUCACACACAGACUGCACCGAGAGCUGAGACUCUAUGUGACCCAGAGAUCCCUGGGUCAUUUGGCUUACUGUGACAAUUGAGACAAUGGUUUGUGAUGUUGCUCUGAACUGGACAUUAUGAGCAGGAUCUGUAUUGAAAAAUGCUGCAACGUAAAACUGUGUCAUGUACACAUUGUGUUUUGCAUAAUAAAUUUCUGUCAUUUUUUUUAUUUUUUUUAUCAGAUGGGUUUCAUAGUGAUACAUUGUUAUGUUGCUGUUAUUAAGUAAGUGGUAUGGAGGAUUUUGAGAAUAACUGUUUCCUUCAUAAUUUUAUGAAUCAGCCAGAUAUUUCAUAAUUACAGUAUGAUGGUGAAUUACUUUCCACUAUAUGAAAUGUUUGUAGCCAUGCAUUUUUUGCCUUGAAUUGGUCAUAUAAGAUACGUUUAGCUGGUUCUCAGCUGAUUUUGCUUCAGAAGCCAGUGGCAACCUAACACAGUGCCAAAAUUGUUUAUCUUACUAAAGUAAACAAAUGACCUGAAAAUCAAAUGUAUUAAUAUUACAAUGAACUUCAGAGGCCCAACAAUAUGCAAAGUUAGUGACAUAGACUGAAUGGGAAAAUUAGCUAUUUUUGUCGGCAAAGCGCACAAAACAUUACGAGUGCGUUUACAUCCACAAUCUUACACUUAAACCGACAACUUGUAUAGGCAUGUAAACGCCUAAAAUGGUUUGUUUAUUGGGGUAAGGUCAGAUGGUUGAAGCAACAACCAAUCAGCACAGGUAGAUUUUUGCCCAUUACCCAAAUUUAUCUCUACAUGUAAUCAUCUUUAGUGGUGGUCUCAGUGAGCACGUUUACAUGCACAUAAAUACUUUAACUGGGUCAUUAUUACAGUUUGGCAUUUACAAGUAUCUCUAUGUUUCAUCAUUAAAUGAACAAAUCAUACUUGUCAAUCAAAAUGACAAAUAAUUCAGAUGUCCAUCCAGUUAAAGGCGUGUUCUGGGUUCAAUACAAGUUAAGCUCAAUCUGCAGUUUUUGUGGCAUAAUGUUGAUUACCACAAAAAUAAUUUAGGCUCAUCCCUCCUUUUCUUUUUUUCUAUCCCCUUUUCUCCCAAUUUGGAAUGCCCAAUUCCCUCUACUUUAGUAGGUCCUCGUGGUGGCACGGUUACCUCAAUCUGGGUGCCUCUGCUUUUGAGAAUGUCAAUCUGCGCAUCUUAUCACAUGACUUGUUGUGCAUGACACCACGGAGACUCACAGCAUGUGGAGGCUCAUGCUACUCUCCGCGAUCCACGCACAACUUACCACAUGCCCCGUUGAGAGCGAGAACCACUAAUCACAACCACGAGGAGGUUACCCCAUGUGACUCUACCCUCCCUAGCAACCAGGCCAAUUUGGUUGCUAAGGAGACCUGGCUAUAGUCACUCAGCACACCUUGGAUUCGAACUCGUGACUCCAGGGGUGGUAGUCAGCGUCAAUACUCACUGAGCUACCCAGGCCCCUCAUCCCUCCUUUUCUUUUAAAAAAAAGAAAGCAAAAAUUGACAUUACAGUGAGACACUUACAAUUAAAACUCUGGUAUUAUUUGAGCAGUAAAGUUGUUUAAAUCAUCUUUUUAUGGUCAUUUGAGAUUUAAGGUUUGUUGACAUUACAUCAACAUGGAAACAAAGUUGUAAAAUUGAAUAUAACUUUACACAGAAAAGGUUACUAAGAGAUUUUUACACACUAAAAUCAUGUUAACACAUUUUUUUACAUCUUGUGGCUAAACUUUUGUAAUUGAGUAUUUUAACAUUUCCGGAUUGGCCCCAUUGACUUCCAUUGUAAGUGCCUCACUGUAACCUCGAUUUUUUGCUUUUUUUUUUUUUUUUUUUUUUAAGAAAAGGAGAAACAAGUCAAAAUUAAUUUUUGUGGUAAUCAACAUUAUGCCACAAAUGCUAUCAAUUGAGCUUAACUCGUACUGAACCUGGAAUUUAUGAUUAAUUAAUAAUAGAAUUUUGCUGAAUAGCUGAAGUCCACCUCCAGUGUGUGUGAUGUCAUUUCAUAACAUGAACAGAAUAUCAUCUUGACACAACAGGCUGGACAAUACAUCAAGGGACACACCUCCACCAUCAUUGUUAAAAUGACACAUUUAUCACAAAUGAAUACAUGUUAGUGAGAUAAUGUAUUACGAAAGUAUUAAUUGUAUGAGGGGGGAAAGUAGUAAUCCAAUGAUUUAGCACUUAUUUUUGUCAAAGAUGUUUGAGGUGCAGCACUGGGGACAUGAGGAAAAUGAUCGUGCAAUAGUUGAAAAUUAAAUGUAACUUUUUAACCCAUCCUGCAACGUUCUAAGAACGUUAGUUUAUGGUUACAAAAAAAGAAACUAGACCGUUAGGAAUUGGUUCCCAGUAAAUAACCAAACGGGAACCAUCUGCUAACAGGGGAACGUUGAGUGGUUGCUGGGUUACUGGAGGUGACCUUACCCCGAUAAGGGAAAGCUGUUUAAGGCGUUUGAACUUACUCGUUGUCGGCGAAUGAAACAUAAUUGGUGUAAGAACGUGAAUGUACACACGCUCAUUGUCAUAUUGUGUGGCCACUGUAUGUAUGCUCUUUACAUGAGUUUGUCUGUCCUAGUGCUGUUAUUGAGUUGAGCACAGGGUGGCGCUGCUGUCAAAGUAGUGUAAUUAUCCACAGGUCGGUUAACAUCUGAACUAUGGAGAAGCUCGUUUUAUAAAUUGUACAUGAACUCCCAUUGCAUUUGUACCUUCCAUUAUUAUACGAGCAGGCUAUAUGGUGCAUUAGGAUGGCAAUUUCAACAAAGGUGCAGUGCAGACCGCUGCAUACCGGCGUUGGCGGGUUGCCAAGAGUUGUCACAGUUGACCUUUGACCUUUAAGGGUGCAGCUGAUUCUAGACUUUCUAUCUCUCUCAUUCGAUCACUGUGUACACACCCAGUUGAGAUAUUUACCCUGCGUCUCAGAGGGUACAACACUUCAUUUUGUUCGAGGUAAAAUGCUCAUUUAUCAGGACAACACUGUGACCUGCCACUCAGGAAUGCCCGCCCUCUCCAGGUCAUGUUGGCACACCACACUAGAACAGGUCAAGCUCGCUGUCUCCUCUAUUUCUCCCUCACUACUCAUUGUUUCACAGCUGUCCAGUGAUCAGGUGGACCAUUUACAAAGUGUUGUGCCUUUUCUCGACACUCAGUGUAAUUUGGUUUAUUCCUGUACAUCCUUAAUCUUUCUCUUUCAUACACACACGAGUCGUUUUUUGUC